AGCUCUCGUACUUGGCUGUUUUGUUGCGUUGAUUACGUUAUCUUCGUGAUAGCCCGCGCUAUUUAGUCACAUUUAUAAACAAUAUACAGACGCGCGUCUGCAUCAAACGGGUAUCCACGCUGCAACAUGUUUACGUUAGUUAUCGCCGCGUUGGCUAUCGCCGUCCUGUACCUCUACACCUCCAGGCACUAUAAAUAUUGGGAACAAAGAGGAAUCAAACAUGACAAGCCUUUGCCCUUCGUUGGUAACAAUAUCCAGUUUUACCUAAUGCAGAAAAGUGUUACUCAGAUAGCUGAGAACGUGUAUUGGAAGUAUCCUAAUGAGAAGGUAGUGGGCUUCUACAGGGCGUCCAUGCCGGAGCUGGUCAUCAGGGAUCCGGACAUAAUAAAACGCGUACUCAUCACCGAUUUCGGAUAUUUCUAUCCUCGCGGGAUCAACCACAAGACGGUGGUGGAGCCCCUGAUGCGCAACCUGUUCUUCGCGGAUGGCGACCUGUGGCGGCUGCUGCGGCAACGCAUGACGCCCGCGUUUACGAGCGGCAAACUAAAGGCGAUGUUUCCGUUGAUCGUGGAACGCGCCGAGAAGCUGCAAGCGCGGCUCGCGAAAUCUGCUGCCGCGGGCCGAUCGCUCGACGCGCGCGACCUCAUGGCACGCUACACCACCGACUUCAUAGGCGCCUGCGGUUUCGGACUUGAUGCCGACUCACUCAACGAGGAGGACUCCGCUUUUAGGAAAUUGGGGGCCAAAAUAUUCAAGUUCACUCUCCGAGACAUUUUCGUCGGGAUGUUAAAGGAAAUGUUUCCGGAUACUUUCAAACAUUUAAAAUACUUAGCGAGAUUAGAAGAGGAAUUCAUUCAGUUUGUGAGAGAAAUUUUAAAACAUAGAAUAGCGAAUCCGUCUAAUAGAAACGAUUUUAUAGAUUUGAUGUUAGAAUGUCAAAGAAAAGGAACAAUCAAAGGAGAGUCUAUAGAAAAGGUUAAAUCGGACGGCACUCCAGAACUCACUUCGCUGGAAUUGGACGACAUCCUUAUAGCUGCACAGGUAUUUGUAUUUUUUGCUGCCGGAUUUGAGACCUCGUCAUCUGCAACGAGCUACACGCUACAUCAACUCGCUUAUAAUCCUCAAGUUCAGAAAAAAGUACAAGAGGAAAUUGAUCGAGUUUUAGCAAAACACGAUAACAAGUUAAGCUAUGAUGCUAUCAAAGAGAUGGAGUAUUUAGAAUGGACUUUCAAAGAAGGGAUGAGAAUGUUCCCUUCAUUAGGGUUCCUGAUCAGAAAGAGUGCACGUAAAUAUACAUUCCCAGAAAUAAAUUUACCCAUAGACGAAGACAUCGUUGUUAUAAUACCCGUUCAGGCGUUACACAAUGAUCCUCAAUACUUCGAGAAUCCGGACGAGUUCCGUCCUGAACGCUUCCAUCCUGACAAUUUCAAAAAUAUACACAAGUUUGUAUAUUUGCCAUUCGGCGAUGGACCAAGAUCUUGUAUAGGUGAACGUCUGGGCGUGAUGCAGUCGCUGGCGGGGCUGGCGGCGGUGCUGUCGCGGUUUACGGUGGAGCCGGCCGCCGACACCAAGCGCCACCCCACCGUCGACCCCAAGUCCGACAUCGUGCAGUGCAUCACCGACGGCCUGCCACUGCUCUUCAGCGAAAGAAAAUGCAUAUGACACGGGAUAUAAUAAACCUGCCUGUUACAUGUC